AAAAAUACAAUAACGAGGUAUAAAUUACAUGUUAACCUGAAGGAUGUAAACCUUCUUAAAAGCCAUUACAUUUGAGACACGUCAAGAUGGCUGCAGAGAGCCCAGGAUAAACAUUUAACACUAGGGAGAAGAACUUACGAAAUCAAGAUGGCACAUGAAAUACAUUUAAAGAACAACAAAUACCGGCAGUGGGUUAAGGCUGGCCUAGGCUUGGGUUAUCUUAAAGAGGGACUUGCGCCAUUUUGUGAUGACAUAGGAAGACAGCAACACAAAGAUAUUAUAAACAAAAUACAACAAACAAAGACUCCUCAACCAAACGUACCAUGCAGCGCCUGUCGGAUAACAGCUCUCCAGCCAGACCAUGUCCGAGUCUCAAAAGGGAUAUGUCCCCUCAAUCAAGAUAAAUGUAAUUGUUGCUUUCCUAAUAAAAAGAGACCCUGUCCAAACAAUGUAUGUGGUGCCAUCUAUGACAGCAUUAUACAGUAUCAUGCAUCAAUGCCACUGGCACCUUUUUGGAAAAACAGUGAUGUCCAACAGUGGUCGACAGAACCGUGGGAGGUUUGCAAAUGUUUUAUAAAUGCUCCUGGGUACAAGGACAAGACAUCAGCAGACGAAACUGAUUGCACUGGGUUGCUUCAUGUUAUCAUAAAUAACAAGUACUUUCAUAGUCAUAUUGGAGGCAAUGUUGCAGGACCAAACAAUCUUUUUUCAAAGGUACGUCAGUACAGAAACAUGAUUUUCCACUCAAGCAGUAUGGAAUUAGAGGAAAGCGAUGCAAAUACUUACAUAGAUGAUAUGAUAACAGUUCUACAAGAUAGUAAGGAACUUGUUCAUCAACCAGCUGCACAACAAGCUGUACUGAAACUCCAAGAUCUGAAGAAGAAGGACUUCAUUAUAACUACUGUAGACUUUGAUGAAAUUCUGGGACAAAUCAAUGAAGAAAUGAAAAAAGUUCUAAAUUCAAUUGAUGAUGCUGCAACUAAACAGGAAUACGAUGAUCUAAAGAAGAAGUUUAUAGAAUUUGAAACCAAGAUGUCAGAAGAAAAGGAUGGGGAAAAGCUUGAAAAUGAAAAAGAACUUAAAGAUCUUAAGAAAACGAUCACAGAACUUGAAUCACAAAUGGUCCAGGAGAAGAAGGAAAAACUCGAGAUGGAAAUAGAACAUGUCGAUUUAAAAAAGAAAUUUACUGUCCUAGAGACUCUUGUUGCAGAACAGAAAAAGGAAAUGGCAAAAAUUAAGACAGAAACCUCCUCAGGUAAAAGUCAGACAGAUUAUGAUCAAGCCAAGUUAGAAUGGCGAGAAAAGCUGAUUGAACAGUAUCAAAAAACCCUGCUGCAAGUUCCUACAACACCUUUACAACCAAAAAGUGAAAAAUGUAGCUUUAAUGAGAUUUAUAUUAGGCCCAAAAUAACGAGGGAAAUAAUACGAGAAAAGGGUGAGACAAAGGAGGUGGAGGUUAAAACAAUGUCAGAAAUCUUUACAAAGGAUGAAGUCCCCAAAAAAUCUGUAUAUGUUAUAGGAGAUGCAGGGUCAGGUAAAACUAGUUUUUGUAAAUAUCUGGUCAACUGUUGGUGUUUGGCACACAGUGAGGAACAUGAAGCCGACAAUGAAAAUGAAGAUGGCAAUGGUAAACCUGAAGGGAACAGUGAAAAACAUGGAGAUGACAGUAAAAAACAUGGAGCUUGCAAUGAAAAUGAAGAUGGCAGUAGUAAACCUGAAGGUGACAGUGAAAAACAUGAAGGUGACAAUGAAAAUCAAGGAGGUGUCAAUGAAAAUGAAAGUGGCACUGAGGAACAAGGAGGUGAUAAUGAAGGACAUGAAACACAUGGAGCUGGAGGUGUCGAUGAAAUUGAAGAUGGCAAAGAGAAACACAGAGGUGAUUUUGAAGAACAUGAAAAAAGAGGAAGUGACAUUGUAAAUAAAGAGGUAAAGGGGGCACAUAGUGGAGACAUUGAAAACGAAGAGGGCAGUAAGACACAUCAAGGUGUUAUUGAGAAACGAGGGAAUGAAAAACAUGUGGGUGACAUGAAGAAAAAUGGAAGUGACAGUGAUGACAUUCAAGAUAACAACGAUGACUUAGUACACUCCGAAUCCCACAAUGAUGACUCUGAUGGUGACUCAAUGCCUUCCGAAUCUAACAUUUAUGACUCUGAUGAUAUUUUAACAGGCUUUAAAUUUGACAGUGAUGGCUAUGUUGAUAGAUUAAAUGACUACAUAUUCGACAGUGAUGACACUGAUGAUAUCAUAACAGACUUUAAAUUUGAUAGUGAUGGCUCUGAUGGUGACUUAACAGACUCUGAAUUUGACAGUAAUGAUUCUGAAUAUGAUAGCAAAAAUUAUGAACUGAAAUUCAAUGGUGUAAUAGAGAUGAAGAAAUUUGAUUUUGUAUUUUACAUCCCUCUUAGACAGUAUCGAAACAUUGACACUAUCGAUGAAAUGCUUCAAAAACGUUACCAAAUGAAAAUGUUAAACACACUUCUGGAAGAGGAAUCCUCUAGAGUUAUAAUUUUGCUUGAUGGCUUAGAUGAAUGGUCCUCUGAAAAUGUCCCAGGACAUAGCAUCUUCAAGAAGUACACAAUAUUAACUACUUCGAGGCCAUGGAAAUUUCAUACAUUAAGAUCUAGUGAUGUGAAGAUUGAACAGUCGCUGAAUCUGAAGGGUUUUGAUUUUAGAUGUGAAUGGGAAAUGGUAAAUAGGACAGUUUCACAAUUAAAUAUAAAAAGACAUUCUAGUAAAGAAGCAAGAGAUUGUAGGGAAAAGCUAAAAGAAGAGUCUCUGGAAAGUUUAAAACAGGUACCAAUUAUGCUACAUCAACUGAUAUGUCUAUGGUUUGAUGGUAAACUCGAUAAAACCUUAAGAUGUGCCAUCUACACCGGUAUGUUAGAGUUAUUCUUCACCUGGAAUGACAUGAAAACUACAGGAACAAGUACUAGACUUAUGAAGAGUGCCCAGAAAGUAGAUCUUCCUAAAUAUUUAGCCGAUAAAACUAAAUUAAGAUUAAACCGCCAUUUCAUUUAUGAAGUGUCACAGUUGGCUUAUGAGACACUAUUUAAUUGUCCGAAGGAUAAAUCCUUGACAUUUGACAUUUGUAUGUUUGAUGAAGUAGAGAUAUCAGAUGAAGUAAGAGAAAAUUGCUUGAAACUUGGAAUAAUGACAGAAGAUGAAUGUCCAAGUUUAUCUGUAUCAGAACCACCAAGCUCAUUGUUCUCUUUUAUUCACAAAUCAAUGCAAGAAUUUCUGGCUGCAGCGAAUAUUGGUAUCAAUUUUAAUAUGAAAUUGGGUUCGUCAGAUAGUAAAGGAAAUGAGGAAUUAGCCAAGAAGUUUAUAAAAGAGGUUUUUUAG